AUCCGCCUAAUCAAAACUUUUGUUUGGCAGAAGAGAGAGGAAACAGAAUAUUUGUGUUUGUGUCUGUGAGUGUGUAUAAUGAAGCUGUAUCUAUAGCUGUAAAUAUAGAUAUAGUAGUUUUUCUUUCUGGAUAUCUCCACAUUCUACUUUCUUGGUUUUGUAUGCAAUUAAUAUAUGUGUCAAAGGUGUAAAAAAAAAUAAUUUUUUGGAUGUUUUUUCAUAUGGGAAUUAAUUUGAUCACUAAAAGAAGCACAAAAGUUUUCAACUUUUUGUAAACUUUAGUUAAAAUUUUCAGUUCUUGAAAAAUAUUAAUGGCAGAAGAGAAACAAAAGGCUAAAAGACUAUAUCAAGUUUGGAAAGGAAGCAAUAGAUUCUUUUGUGGGGGACGAUUGAUCUUUGGUCCUGAUGUGGCAUCUUUAUUUUUGACCAUAGUUCUAGUUGCAGGCCCUGCUAUAUCCUUCUGUAUUAAAGUUUACUUUAACAAUUUAUAUGGGAAAGAUGGCAAAGAUGGUCGUUUCUGGUACAUUGUGCUGUUUGUUGCAGCCGCUCUCACUUGUCUGGAUGUAUUAUUUCUUCUCUUGACGUCCAGUAGAGAUCCUGGAAUAAUACCACGAAAUACAGAACCGCCAGAAUCUGAUGAAGCAUUUGAUAUGAACACUCCUUCUAUGGAAUGGGUCAACGAGAGAACUCCUCAUUUGAGAUUACCCAAAACUAAAGAAGUAAAUGUGAAUGGUCACACGGUUAAAAUUAAAUACUGCGACACAUGUAUGCUGUAUCGUCCUCCCCGUGCCUCACAUUGCUCCAUCUGCAACAAUUGUGUUCAAAAAUUUGACCAUCACUGUCCAUGGGUUGGUCAGUGUAUUGGACAACGUAACUACAGGUUCUUCUACAUGUUUAUAUCAACAUCGACCGUCUUGUGCAUGUAUGUAUUCGCGUUUUCAUGGGUGCAUCUCACUCAAUUCGAGGAGCACAUUUUAAAGGCUAUGUCAAAAGACAUCUUGUCAGAUGUCCUCAUUGUUUACUGCUUCAUCACUGUUUGGUUUGUGGGUGGGCUUACAGUUUUCCACUUUUAUCUUAUUUGCUCAAACCAGACAACAUAUGAAAAUUUCCGAUAUCGAUAUGAUAAAAAGGAGAAUCCAUAUCACAAGGGAAUAAGAAGGAACCUUCAAGAAGUCUUCUUGUCAAAGAUCCCUCCAUCAUUGAAUGAUUUUCGGUCAUUUGUGUGUGAAGAUGAAAACAUAGUGAUAGAAGCAACAAGUUCAGACCUUGUUCGUUCCUCAAAAGAAAAGAUUGACAUUGAAAUGGGAAAUAAAUAUUCCGAAUCAAAUGAUAUUUCACUCCCUGAAAUUUUACAAAAUUUGCAUUAUGAGGAUUUGGAGGGUAACCCGAAAAGUAAGGAUGGGAAUGUAGAGAUGUAUGCUCAACCAUCUCCUUUUCUUUUUGAGAUAGAAGAUGACAAUUGUGAACGCAAGAAAUGUGAUGAAGAAAUAAUCACACAUGAGACAGAAACGGUUCGUCGAGUAUAGAGGUAUGGAGUUCAGAUUAUUCUUUGGAGCUACAGUAUACUGCAGAGCACUUAUGAACAUUUUGGUGCGUCUUCAAAAUGUAGAAGAUGAACCAGAAACCUUCUAUAGAUCACACUCAACUUCGUUGUAAAUUUCAGACCAAUAGAAAAUAUUGCCAUCCAUUAGCAAAAAUGUCCAGUACAAUUUAUCUCUUUGCAUUUUCUUUAUCAUUUUGUUUUAAUUUUUUAUGUUCCUUUGGUGAAACUGACAUGUGCCGUCACAUCUGCUUGCGUUGGAAUUUACCUUGAUUGUUUAUUUGUUAUUAAGAACACAUUGUUAGAA